AUGACUGAUCUUCAGAUGCUAAUAUUUGGAUCAUUUACUGAAGAGGAGGUCAGAUCCAUGCAGUGCAUAAGCAAGCCACAAAAAGUUGAUUCAGAAAUCACAUUCGGUUCUUUGGAUGCAGAAACUUUACGAUCUGUGGGCAUUGUCAAUAACAGAGUGAUUUCAGAGCUUUAUUCACCUAGAACCCAUGAGCAGCCUAUGCCCGUUGACACAACAAAAUUUUCUGGUACUGAAAGUGCGUUGGGUUUAGAAGUUGUUUAUUUGAAGGAAAAUGGAUGCACCAUUAGCACACAUCCUGGUGCAGAGGAACUGAAUUUAGGCAUCAUAGAAUUUCCUGAAUCUUUAAGCUAUAGCAGUGAACCUAAAUUUUCAACCAACUUGUCCUUGGAGAAGCCAGGUAUCCAUAGUGUGGGUGAACUAUCUUCCUCCUUAAAAGAUGUUCUGCUGGAAAACUCUGCAAAUGGAGUUCACCAAGUGGAGUCCUAUAAGGGUAGGUUCAAGGAAUUGAAUAGGCUUAAGAUUAUUCCCAGGACUUUUUUGCCUUGUGGUUUAGUCAACUUGGGCAACCUGUGCUUUCUGAAUGCAACUCUCCAGGCUCUAUUAUCUUGUUCUCCCUUUUUUGAACUCUUAUACGAGCUGAGGAAUCGUGAUAUACCCGAGGUUGGUUAUCCAACAUUGCAUGCAUUUGCUGAAUUUAUCUCCAACUUCAACAUAUAUAACGAAGAAAUCAAUGAAAGGGAUGAGAAGUCUAUUCUAGAAACUGGAAAGCCAUUCCAACCUAUCAUGUUCGAUUCCAUAUUGAAAAGUUUCACUCCUGAUAUUCCGGAUAAUUUAUCAGGCAGACCUAGGGAAGAAGAUGCCCAGGAGUUUCUAAGCUUUGUCAUGCAUCAAAUGCAUGAUGAAUUGCUUAAACUCGAUGCACAAGUUUCAAAUGGGAACGGAAAAACUGCGUCGUUGGUUUCUUCAACUGAUGACGAAAGUGAGGAUGACGAUUGGGAGACUGUUGGCCCUAGAAACAAAACUGCAGUUACAAGAACUCAGAGUUUCGUACCAUCAAAGUUGAGUAACAUUUUUGGUGGUCAAUUGAAAAGUGUGGUGAAGGCAAGAGCAGGUAACAAGGCAUCAGUUACCAUACAGCCAUUUCUUUUGCUCCACCUUAAUAUAUGCCCUGAACAAGUUUGUACAAUAGAAGAUGCACUUAAGUUGUUCUCUGCACCAGAAACACUUGAAGGGUACAAAACAUCUGCUUCUGGAAAGGGAGAGGUGGUAACUGCCAGCAAGUCGGUCAAGAUUCUGGAGCUGUCCCAGAUAAUGAUUUUGCACUUGAUGCGUUUUAGUUAUGGGAGCCAAGGAAGCACGAAAUUGCACAAAAGUGUGCAUUUCCCUUUGGAGUUUCUUGUUGGUCGUGAAUUGCUUGCCUCUCCUUCCGAGGGUAGAAAAUACGAGCUUGUGGCUACCAUUACUCACCAUGGCCGGGAUCCAUGGAAAGGCCAUUACACUGCUGAUGCACGGCACCCAAGCGGCAAGUGGGUGCGUUAUGAUGAUGCAUCAGUCACACAAAUAACCGAAAGCAAGGUGCUUCAUGACCAGGCAUAUCUUCUUUUCUACAAACAAGUUUAG